GGCAGUUUGCUCCACGAGUCGUGGUGCAGUUAACCCAGGGCGCCAGCUCCACCUCUUUUAAAGAGCCGCCUCACCGAUUUUCCCAUUCAAAGCCUCAAGCGCUCGGUUCUGAUUUCUCUCGUUCCAAAAUAGCUUGCGACUCAGCAUUCCCUCCAAGAAAGAAAAUGCCACAAGAACUUCCGGGUUUCUAUUUCGAUAAAGAGAGGAAUCGCUACUUCCCAAUCAAAGGACCCGUGCCCGGAUCAAAUGCUCCUAAUACUGCUUCACAUAAUCAAGGGCCAAAGCCAAAACCUAAACGGACAAAUGAUGAAAGUAACCUUUGUCAGAGAAAGAGAAUCAACUCCUCUGAGCUUCUUCAGUUUAGGGAAUUGUAUGGUAAAGUGCUCAUUUUGAGCAAAAGAAAGAGCAACUUUCAGCAAGAGUACCAAAAGUUACAAGCUUCCCAACCUGUGGCAUGGAAGUAUCAAGGCACAGAUUGUCAUGCAGAUGGUGCUCUAGAACAGUUCCAUGCUGAUAUUCAAACUCCACAUGGCCAAAAGGGAACAAACAUUUUGUUAACAGGAAGUGUUACCGGUUCACUUAGUCUUUAUGAAGUUGUAGAAGUUGGGGAACAUUUUGAUCAGGGGGUAACAUGCAUUCCAAAUCGUGUCUGGCCUCUCAUUACAGAAAGAGAAGGAGAAUGUGGUAGUGCAUCUGGAGAAAUUAGGAGUUCAACUGAGGCAUCAACGUCUUUACCCUCCAGUAUAUCUUGUAUUAAGAGGAUUGGUAAGCAUUCUCCUGAUACUGCUGGAGAUGGUUCAUCCCUCCAGCAUGCAUUAGUUACAACUCUUGGAUCAGGAAUGUCAGGUGGAUCUGUGUACACUGUGAACCUAAAUGAGCCAUUAGAUUUCUGCCUAAGUAUUCCCAUCAAUAGAAGAAUUUUUAAAAUUGCUUCACUGAAUUGCACAAUUUGGACAGCUGAUUGCAACUCUGAUGGGAAACGUGCAGUUCUUGGCACCAAUCAUGGAGCUGCCUUGAUAGAUUUAGAAAGUGGAUUGCAAUCAUGGGUUUGCCGCAGUAAAAGUGACAUCUUCUCGCAACAAUUUGAUCAGUCGGGAAACAUUGUUUUAUGUGGGUUUAGAAAUGGGGCAAUUGUGGAAAUUGAUGUUCGCCAGAGACAACGUUCAAUGGCACAGUCUACUGGACUUCCUAGACAUCGAAUAGCCUUCGCUUCCAAUAAAAUUCGGGAGCCUCAAAGUAGACAUGGCCAGAGUUUGACCAAACAAUAUUUUGAGCUCAAAGGAAAUCUGAAACCCUCCAAUGCUAUUAACAUGUCCUCAGCUGUUUGCAGUUUGGUUUUGCUUCAAUCUGAUGACAAAUACUUCUUGGCAAGCUCCAUGGAUGGAUUUAUCAAGCUCUACGACCGCCGUCUUAUAGAUAGAGGAGCUGUCCAGUCCUAUAAGGGGCACAUGAAUACCCACACCCAUCUACAGCUUGGGGUUGAUCCAUCUGAAUCGCUCGUUAUGUCUGGUGGAGAGGAUUGCUGUGUACGCAUCUGGAGCAUCAAGACUGGCGAACUUCUCUUCGGAACUAGCAUCUCAGAUACUGUUGUCUCAACAGUGUGCUGGGCACAAACUGGAGAGUUACAGGAAUACUCCGAUGAAAGGCACAGAUACAAAGGGAUUUUAUUUGAGCAGAAUCACAGUUGGGGGGCAUGGCUUGGAUCACGUGAAGGUUUAUUUUACAUGCAUGCAUCAUGAUCCAGAUCCUGCAGAAUGCAAAGAAACGAUGGAUGACGAUGCCCCUUCUCAUUACAGAGCAGAACCAUUGGAUACCAUGGACGUGCAUUCCUGAGGUGUUGCAAAGAGAUGACGAUGCUUACCCUUCAUGGAACAUGCCUUUCAUCUCCUGUUGCCUUAUACUGAUUUGUCAGCCACAAAUGGUUUUGACUCAGUCGACUCAGUGUCAAUGCAAUUACUCAGACCGAGUCACUCACCUGAUAAAUUUCUCUUUUUUCAUGGUAAGUUCCAAACAUCUACAACCAGCACACCACAAGAUGCAUCUUUAUUAGUUUCACUUAAUUUGUAUAUUUUAUGUGUAUAUAUUUUAAACAUCUACUUCUACUUGUAUUAUUAAUUUAUUAAAUUUAUAAGUAGAGUCAAGUCUCAUUUGAGUAAUUGAAUUGACCAUACCUGGUUGGACA